UUGGCUAAGAUCAAGUGUAGUAUCUGUUCUUAUCGACCGAAGACGAGUGUAAGCCUCGGGUUUGAAGGUUAGAUAAGAAUAGACGAGGGUCUUCUCGUAUAAGCGCCCUCGGCGUGGGAAAACCCGGAUUACGUAAUCACGUAAACACGUGUUUCGUUCUCUGGGAAUUUCCACGGUAUAACGCUUGAUCUAGAGAAACCUGCUAGCACCAGGGCUUAGCAGGACCGCGCCCACAGCUUGGGAACGCCUCUAGAACACGCCCUGACCACGCCCACCAAAAUGGUUCCUCCAACAGAAAACGACAUGGACACGCCCACGGACACGCCCACGGACACGCCCAAAGCCACGCCCACUGGAAAGACUAUGUCUUACAGGGAGGCCGCUUUACAACAGCGAAAACCAACCGUCUUUCGGUCUUUCGCAGCCCUGCGGACAGUACGUCUGCGAUACGACAGCACACCAGUCUCUGCGGCGGAGGUCCUGCGCGCCUUCCUGGGGACAGAAACCGCCGACAUUGUCGGCACCGCCCAGGUGGUCUCUGGCCUAGAGGUCACCUUCAAAACCGAGCAGUCAGCUGUUCUCGCUGCCUCUCGAGGCCUCGACGUCGGCGGCCGCCACUACCAACUCGCCCCAGUCUCCGUGCGCAGAACGGCAGUCUCCGUAUUUGUGCCUGUUGAGUUCCCGGAUGACACCUUCCGCGACUUGAUGACCAGAUACGGAGACCUACACUCUAUUUCGCGGCUUCAUCACAAAGAGCCCGACCUGGCUGCUUUCGAAAAUGGAUGCCGCCUUGUCCUGUACGACAAGUUACUCCGUGACCUGCCAGCCCGCCUAACAACAAACGGAGCCUCUCUGAGCUUCAAAUAUACUGGGCAACCUCAGAGUUGCCUAAGAUGCUCAGAGAUAGGCCACGGUGUGAAAGAAUGCACCAAACCGCGCCGACGCCCUCAUCGCCGUCGUCGAGAAGAACUCACCACCGAACAGGAGCGCAUGCAGUGCGCGCAGGAGGAGGAGACACUCCCACCACUAUCGCCGGAUCUGCCGCUACCGACAGAGACGGCCUCUGACAGCGAAAAGGACCAGGACGAGGCAGCUGCCCCCGCAACAGCGCAAGAGCACACAAUCUCCGCGGAUUCCCUUAUACCAACAGAGUCCUCCCCAAAGACCGGCACCGAGGAACCCUCCCCGAAGACCGGAGAGAAAAGACCACCCGGUCUUCACUUAACGGACUCUCCCCCGCGAAAGGAAAGUCGAGCUGGAAGUCGAGCUGAAAACGAGCGGGCUUUCGUAAAAGAUCUCAAAUCAGACGCCCGCAGAAUCGCUGGAGUGGACUCAAGCUCCCGACUGGACGCACUCGCCCUCUUUCUCCAGCACAAGCACGGUGAUUACACGCACCAAAAGCUGCGACUCGCUGGACACGCAGCACAGAGCGAACUCCGCACCCGAUGGGAGAACAUGAAGGGGGAGCAGCGUGCUAAACAGCUGUUUGACAAGCUCUACCGCCAACAUUUCCAACACCUCUACGAGGCUAAGGGUGACAAGAGCAAAACUAACUUAGUGGUGUACAUCUUUAAACUCAUACUAUGGUGUCUGUGGACUGCAAGGAACACUUCUCUAUUCGAGAAGAGACAAGCAGAAAUAGUCAGUGUAGCUAAAUAUAAGAUCAGAGAGAGGAUAGAGAGGGACGCGGCCGUCCUCGGACCUCUUGCCGCGUAUAGCCGCUGGGGCAUCAAUGAUGUCCUCUGCUGCUGGCGGGGCGAGGCCCUCUCUGUCCUCGUAUAGCACACAAUAAAACCGGGCAACCCAGGGCAACUCGCCCCGGGCCCCAUCGCAUUACUUCUCCUUCCCUUGCCUAUCGCUGUCCACUUAAUUGUGCGCAUGGCGAUCUGGCUACCCCCCUCUUUUCCACCACUGUCCACUUAAUUGUAAGCACGGUGGCUGGAGAAACAUCAAUACCCCCUCCGCCCCUCACUGUCCUCCCACCUGUGGAAACAGCGAGGAGGCCAACAUGUAUCCAAUGUACAACUCCAAAUAUAUAAUGCCAUAAGCGGUGAAAUAAACCGCGUGAACAAUGGGAGGAGCGAGGCUUCCGGGGGGAUUAACGCCUCUGUCGUGCAAGAGCCGGAGAGGCGGAUUUCUCCCGGGAUCCCUCUCUUCUCUAAAACUACACAUUAUCGAUAUUGUCAAAACAACCAUUGUAAUCAAGAUUAGAUAUAGUCCUCAACUGGAUUUAAAGAUUGUAUAAUGGAUUUGAUUUAUUGUAAAUAAACUAUUCAAAUACAAAAAAAAAAA